CGGCGGCGGCCACGGCCCCCGAUGGCGGGAGUUUGUUCAGCGGGUGGAGCAGCGUGGUGGUGGUGGCGGUGGUGGUGGCGGUGGCGGUGGUGUUGCUGCUGCUCGGGGUUGCAUUGUUCGCCCUCAUCUACUGCAGGAGAAAGCAACCCCACCAGGUUGACCCCAACCCCAGGCAUACGGGCACCAGCAAGUCUGCCACCAAGGUUGAGGUGUCGCAGCCACCAGACCUCUGGAUCCACCACGACCGCCUCGAGCUCAACCAUCUCGACAACCACAACGCCUCCCGCCCCGCCAGCCCUACCAUCACAACCACGGUGCUCAACCACGGCGAGGGCGGGGAGCUGGAGGACAAGAACACCUACACCAGCACCAGCACCCUGGACCGCCGCACGCCCUACCACAGCACCUACCUCAGGGAGGCUGGGGAUGAGACGGAGCGCUUGCUGCACCGCCCUCCCCUCCACCCCCCGGGGGCGCUACAGCCCCCCCACUACUUGAUGGGGGGCAGCACCAGCAGCAGCGUGUACAGCGACGGCACCAUGGGGGGCAGACCCCCCCACACCCCCCACGCCCCCUACACCCUCGACCCCUACGCCACCCCGGGCGACGGCAACAACACGCUGGGCAAGAGCUUACGCAACGCGUCGAGUGGGGCGAGUGGGACACUCAACCCACUCAGAUCUUUCAGUGUACCGGGCCCCCCGCCCCCCCAGUCCNCACGGCCUCACAGCUCUACUGAUGGCCUCAUGAAGGACCUGUCCGCCAUCACGGCCUCACAGCUCUACUGA